UUAUUUACACUGUUUAUCAAGUUUGAAGUCGUGCAGAAUUCCGUUAUUUGUGUGUGGUUUCACUGAAGUGGAUUAAUGACGUGCUCUGGCCGGGCUCCUCACAGCAUCCUUGCAUACACCGGCUUAUCGGUCGGCCUUGACGAGAGGGAGACGGGAGCAGACCAAAGUCCAUUUCAUUGCAGUGCAAGACUGUGGAUAUGUCGAUUCACAUAAUGAUCAAUCAGUGAUUGAUCCCUGGCUCAUCGUAUGCUACCUGCAUGUGCAUAGGCUAAUGGAGCAGCGAUGCUCGCGCAGCUCUUUUUCUGUUCUGAGAACGCAGGGAAGGCUAAAAUCUUGUACCAGAGAGUAUCCAUAGCCCGCUGUCAGUAGGCUGUAUGCGACGCGACUAAUAUGGUGCAGUCGACAAAAAGGGCCGACCCUCAAGAACUGAAGGAAAUAUUUUUAAAGUACUCCAGUUUCACUGACAAAGAUGGGGAGCGUUACAUGACCCCAGGGGAUUUCGUGCAGAAGUACCUGGGUCUCCAUACGCAGCCACACCACAACCCUGAUACUGUGCAGCUCAUCGCUGGAGUAGCCGACACCACUAAGGAUGGACUCAUCUCUUUCCAAGAGUUUCUGGCCUUUGAGUCCAUACUAUGUGUCCCGGAUGCACUUUUUAUAGUGGCCUUUCAGUUAUUCGACAAGACUGGAACGGGUGAUGUCUCCUUUGAGAAUGUCCGAGAUAUCUUCAGCCAGACCACGGUGCACCAUCACAUCCCCUUCAACUGGAACUGUGAGUUCAUCCGUCUACACUUUGGCAACGACCGCAAGAAGCACCUCAGCUAUCUGGAGUUCACCCAGUUCCUGCAGGAGCUGCAGUUGGAGCAUGCUCGGCAGGCGUUUGCCCAGAAGGAUAAGAACAAGAGCGGUGUCAUCUCCUCCGUAGACUUCAGUGACAUCAUGUCCACCAUCCGCCAUCACAUGCUCACUCCGUUUGUGGAGGAGAACCUCGUCUCAGCGGCAGGUGGAGGCACCUCCCACAUGGUGAGCUUCUCGUUCUUCAAUGCCUUCAACUCGCUCCUCAACAACAUGGAGCUCAUCCGCAAGAUCUACAGCACCGUGUCCGGCACCAGCAAAGACACAGAGAUCACCAAAGGAGAGUUUGUUCAAGCUGCCAAUAAAUUUGGUCAGAUUACUCCAAUGGAGAUUGACAUCCUCUACCAGCUUUCCGGUCUCCAUUCCCACUCUGGGAGAGUCACCUUUACAGACAUUGAGAGGAUAGCGCCGCUGGAGGAGGGGGCCAUGCCUUACCAUCUCGCUGAGGUCCAGAGACAGCACUCUCACCAUGGAGAGCACCGGCCAUUCUGGCUCCAGGCGGCUGAGUCUGCUUACAGGUUCACUCUGGGCUCAAUCGCUGGAGCUACGGGUGCGACUGCGGUGUACCCCAUUGACCUGGUGAAGACGCGCAUGCAGAACCAGCGCUCCACUGGCUCCUUCGUGGGUGAGCUGAUGUACAAGAACAGCUUUGACUGCGCCAGGAAGGUGCUGCGCUAUGAGGGCGUCUUUGGAUUCUACCGAGGCCUUGUGCCACAGCUCAUUGGUGUGGCUCCUGAAAAAGCCAUCAAACUCACGAUGAAUGACUUUGUGAGAGAUAAAUUCACAGACGACGAUGGCAAGAUUCCACUUCCAGCAGAGAUAUUGGCUGGUGGAUGUGCUGGAGGUUCGCAGGUCAUCUUCACCAACCCUCUGGAGAUUGUGAAGAUCCGUCUGCAGGUGGCUGGGGAGAUCGCCACAGGCCCGCGGGUCAGCGCCCUCGCUGUCGUACGCGACCUGGGCUUCUUUGGCCUCUACAAGGGAGCCAAGGCCUGUUUCCUGCGAGACAUCCCCUUCUCGGCCAUCUACUUCCCUGUGUACGCUCACACCAAAACCAAGUUGGCGAACGAGGACGGCAGCCUGGGGGCUCUGCAGCUGCUGACAGCUGGUGCUAUUGCAGGUGUUCCUGCCGCCUCUCUGGUGACCCCUGCUGAUGUCAUCAAGACCAGGUUGCAGGUGGCGGCCCGUGCCGGACAGACCACCUACACCGGCGUCAUCGACUGCUUCCGCAAGAUCAUGGCAGAGGAGGGCUUCAGGGCCUUCUGGAAGGGGGCAGCAGCCCGUGUGUUCAGGUCUUCACCACAGUUCGGCGUCACCCUGGUGACCUACGAGCUGCUACAGAGGUGGUUCUACGUCGACUUUGGAGGAACCCGCCCUGUGGGCUCUGAACCAACCCCCAAGUCCCGCAUCAGCGAGCUGCCACCCCCCAACCCCGAUCACGUCGGCGGCUACCGGUUGGCGGCAGCCACGUUUGCAGGGGUGGAGGAGAAAUUCGGCCUGCACUUGCCAAAAUUCAGUGUGAUUUUGCCAAAGGCCGCAGCCGCAGCCGCAGCCCCCACCCCAGCAUCUUGAACAUCCCUCCAUCCCAGUCCCUCUUAACCCUUCCGAGGCCGGUGAUGGGCCUGCAUGCUACACCAGCUGGGCUGCCUUUGCUCCGCUCAGCUACUCGCUGGCUCCCACUCACACUCCUCCUCCACACAGAAGGUUUAGCAACACCACCAAACACACAAAGAAUGAAAAACAAUACAAUUCAGGGGUGCGUUUCUCGAAAGUGUAGUUGUUAGCCAGUUAGCAACUUGGGUAGUUGUCAAUGGGGAAUUGCAUUGCAAACAACUAAGUAGCUAAUGUAGUUAGCAACUAUCGUUUCGAGAAACGCACCCCCCCCCAGAGCAGUCCUACUGCUUUUAUCACACAGAUGCACACCUAUGAAUCUGGCUUCCCUCCUCCUCCUCUUGUCCUUAUCCCAACUCACCUCUUGCAUGCCUAGUGCUUUAUGGGUUUUUAUCCCCCCCCCUCUUCGCUGGACCUGCCCACCCUCCCCCGCGCUGACGACGUGGCUUUGCACAAAUGUUACUGUGCAUAUUGUACAUCUUUGUGCAGAGACAUUUUACGGUGUUUGUUUGUUAAAAAGAGACAAAACUCCAAAGCGCUCUUCCUCAGCCAUGCUUUGAAUGUUUGGGGACAUGUUUGCAAUCAUUAUUAUUUUAGUGGUGUGUGUGAAUGGGUGUACAGAUGUUUUAUUUAUGGAAUCAUAAAUUCAGAGAAUAGGGAAUUUAAAAAAAGAAACUAUUUAUGAAAAUGCAUUUCAUUAUUGUAUUGUAUUUUAUUAAAUUAAAAUCAUACUGGUUUAA